AAUCAGACGACAUAAAAGCCCAUUAGAGAUUAUUAAAAAGCCCGAGUAAGAUAAGCUUCACAACAAGGCAGCCACCGUGUUCAAUCCCGAGCCUCGCGUCGUGAAACCAUGGGAGGAGGAGGAGGAGGAGCACUCGCGAACCACAUUUUUGUGUACGGAACGCUGAAAAGAAACCAUCCGAACCAUUUCCUCUUAGAGGAUCUCAUCUCAAAGAACGACGCCGUUUACGUCGGUCAACGCACGACCCGGUUAUCGUACCCGCUCGUCACGGGUCUCUACGGGAUCCCUUACUUGAUCAACCAAUCCGGGUCGGGUCAACGGAUCCGCGGCGAGCUUUACUCGGUUUCAAAACGCGGGCUUGUGAGGCUUGACGAGUUGGAAGGGAUCAAAGUCGAGCACUACGAGAGGCUGCCCGUGGAAGUGGUUGAGGAGGAGGAGUCUAACGGCGUCGUUUUGGCGGAGGCUUACUUUGCUCAUCGUAGGUUCGGUGAGAGAUUGUGGGAGAAGAAAGGAAAGCUUGGGAUGUGUGAGUUCGGUGUAAACGACGGCGUUUUGUAUGUUAGGCCCAGGGAUAGGCCCAGGUUUAGCUCUGUUAUUGAUGAAAUUGAAGCUUUUGUGUCUUCUACUAAUGAUUGAUUCAAUGGUUUAUUGCAAAUAUAACAACGCGUCGUAUAGCUCAAAAUUCGAUCGUUGCUGUUACUAAUAAUUGGUUGCUUUCGAUGAUUGUGAUUAUGUUAAGCUCUGUUCUUGAUGAAAACUGAAGCUUUUGUAAGUUUAAAUAAUGUGUGUAGCUAAAUAUUUGAUCUUUGCUAUCAUUUUGGAGUAAGAAGACCUCUAGAGAG